CAGAGGCGACCCAGGGCGCGCGGGGAGGAUGGAGAAGCUGCGCGUGGGCUUCAUCGGGGCCGGGCGCAUGGCUGCGGCUGUGGCACAAGCGAUGCUGCUGGCAGGUGAAGUACAGGCAGUGAACAUCCUUGCCAGCGCCCCAUCCGACAGGAAUUUGGGCAAGUUCCAGGACUUUGACUGCAAGACAACGCACCGUAACCUGGAGGUGUUGGAAAAUUCUACCUUCGUGUUCCUGGCUACCAAGCCCCACAUCAUCCCUUCAGUCCUCCGAGAGAUUGCUCCUGCUGUCACCCCUGACCACGUGGUCAUUUCCAUGGCGGCUGGAGUCACACUCCAGACCCUAGAAGAGCUUCUCCCCGCUGGGACCAAGGUGUUGCGGAUCAUGCCUAACCUCCCCUGUGUGGUCCAGUCUGGCGCAAUUAUCCUGGCUCGGGGCACCUCCGCUGGGGAACAGGAUGUAGCCCUGCUGAAGACGCUCUUGUCUCCUUGCGGGCUGUGCGAAGAGGCUCCUGAAUCUUACAUUGACAUCCACACUGGGCUAAGCGGCAGUGGCGUGGCCUACGUAUAUAUGUUUGCAGAAGCGCUGUCAGAAGGCGCUCUGAAGAUGGGGAUGCCGUGGGCCAUGGCCAAUAAGAUUGCAGCCCAGACACUCAUGGGAGCAGCCAAAAUGAUCCUGGAAACAGGGGAGCACCCGGCAGUCCUGAGGAGUUCUGUUUGCACGCCAGGGGGCACAACCAUCCAUGCCUUGCACGAACUGGAGAAGGGGUCUCUUCGGGCUACUGUCAUGAACGCCGUGGAAGCGGCCACCAGCCGGGCUCGUGAACUGGGCAAGAAGUAGAGGGCAAGCGUUGGCUUGAGAGCCUUUUGAGUGAAAGGAUUCCACCUUUCCCCAUCAAGGAAGAAUGUCCUCUGGGCGUGGGACGGCCUCCUGGUUGCCAAACAACCCUGCGUCCAUGGCUUACAAGGAGGUGACAACCCCACCCCACUUUUAUCAAUAGAACCAGCAAUAUGAACCAUCCGUUGCCCUUGAAAGAAGUCUUGGAGGGAGCUAGGAGGAGAUGGUCUGUUCCUGUGGUUCCUGUGAACCUGUAUGAUCCACUCUUCCAUUGGAGGGCUGCCAUCUAAUAAACAAGUGUUCCUUCUUGCCGACAGGAUCUUGUCUGUCUGGUUUUCUAUAGAUCUGACCGA